GAAGCAUCCAAAAGAGUCAAAUUUAGCGCGGAAAAGAACCUUGGAGCCUCGUCCAUGCCCUCGUUUUGCAGAUGAGUACAGGCAUUCGUUCAAGGUCACAGGGCUAAGUUUUGGAAGCAGAUCUUUUUCAGUGGUGCUGGCUCCUGGUGUUGCCCCUGCCCACUGUGUCCCUCAUCCUGCCUCCUCUGCCUCAGGAGAAGGAGCUGUAAUGAACCUUCUGGCUGCGGCGGGUUAAAAGCCGGCAGCCGGGUGGGCAUAAGUGUUUCCGCACCCAUCCAGAGACUGCCUGACCCCUCCCCUUCUCCCCUCCCCCGCCUCGGCCGGGCUAGGCUGGACCCCGCCCCUUUCACCUGCCCUGGCUGAGCCCCGCCCCUCUCACCUGUCCCCGCUGGGCUGCGGCGACAGCUAAGGCAGCAGCUGGUAGAGCUUGGUCACGCAGGGCAGGUGCCAGCCAACGACCGGUUCGGGGCCCUUGCAAAGAGGAGGAAUGAAUCUUCUGGCCGAGGCUCGAGCUUCGGGGAAGCCUGCGACGCUGCAGACGGUGAGCUCAGCUGGCGGGACCGGGCUGAGGGGCCUCGCCGGUUCUCGCCCCAGCCACCUGUUAUGUCCGGCUGAGGGAUGUUCGCUGACACCUUGGCCUCUGGCCGCCCCUCUGCCCUUCCUCGCACCCUCUCUCUCUCACACGUGCUCUCUGCCACCGCUUCUCUCCCCCACCUCCCCCGCCCACCGCUGCAGGUACCCGCUUGAGCGCACUUACUGGUCUGCACACAUGCAUACACUCACUCGCCUCUUCCUAGCACCGCAGCACUAGCACUCCGCGUUCCCCUCCGCCCCUGAGACAAUCUAAGGGUGCCGCCUUCCCCGGAAGAAUCAGAUCCUCCAUCCCGGUCCCGCUGCUGCCCGGCAGGGACACUCAGUCCGAACCCAACGGCUGUGGCCCUUCAGAGUGUCACGGACCGGAGUAAGGAAGUGGCUCUUGUAGCCGCUUUGGUGAUUGUUUCAAGCUAAAUACAGGAGUAGAAGCGUCUCAGUGGAAUGCUGGAGUUUCCUGGUAAUGCGAACAAGUGGUCAUUCCUUUGAAAAGGGGGAAUUAAAGGAUGAUAGCCACAUUGCAUCGGACCACCACUUUCCACUGAUUUUGGAGCUCGAGUUUUAGAGGUUCUCUAGUCAGUACUGAGCAGCUCUCCCUCUUAUUCUGACUGUGGCCUCAGUGGAUGUCACCUGUUGUUGAAUUGAAUGUGGGGGGUGAGCUGUACACCACCACAGUGGGCACCCUGAAAAAAUUCCCAGGCUCCAAACUGGCAGAAAUAUUCAGCCCAUCCAAGCCUCCUUGGCCUGAUUCCCAAGGCAGAAUCUUCAUUGACCGACCAGGCACCCAUUUUCGACCUAUCCUAGAAUAUCUCCGCAGUGGGCAGCUGCCCACACACAGCAUCUCAGAGGUAUAUAGAGAAGCCCAGUUCUAUGAGAUCCAACCUUUGGUCAAGCUCCUAGAGGAUAUGCCCCAGAUGUUUGGUGAGCAAGUAGCCAGGAAGCAGUUCUUGCUCCGAGUGCCAGGAUACAAUGAGAACCUUGAGCUCAUGAUUCGGAUUGCCAGAGCCGAGGCUGUGGCAGCUCGAUGUUCUGGCGUAGUGGUGUGUGCUGUGCGGACUGAGGAAGAUGCUACUCGCUGCCUUGAUGCCUUACAGACUCUGGAGACAGACAAGAGAACAGUGGUCAAGUUUGGGCCCUGGAAGGCAUCUCCAGUCAUCACUGACCUGUUGGAUUGUGUCAAGAUGGACAUUGAAGCUCAGGGGUACUCUGUUUCUUACCAGCCCUAUGCAGCUGAGAAGGGCUUCCGAAUAAAGUCCUCAGAUUACUUUUAUAAAUUCAUUUUCACAUGGUGGUAAUCCACUCUCCCUACAAUUGAUCUAAGAAUUGCUACUUUUGGCUAGUGAUAGUACUUAUAGGAAAAAAUGUUAUUAAAUCACUUAACUGAAAUUAAGAAAGUAAAACCUAUAGCAUAAAUAUUCUGAAUGUUUUCAUGACAAAAGGGAGAUAAUGUGGUUGGUGGUCAGCACUAGACAAAUAGAAUAAGGGGGUGAGACAGUCUGGGCUGUCUUUCUGAUUUUUUUAAAGUAGGCACAUUCCUUCAAUUCUCUGUACUAUUUAUUUUCUAUUAAAAAUGUGUGUGUGUGUGUGGGGCAGCUGGGUAGCUCAGUGGAUUGAGAACCAGGCCUAGAGAUGGGAGGUCCUCUGUUCAAAUCUUGCCUCAGCCACUUCCUAGGUGUGUGACCCUGGGCAAGUCACUUGACCCCCAUUGCCUAGCCCUUACCACUCUUCUGCCUUGGAGCCAAUACACAGUAUUGACUCCAAGACAGAAGGUAAGGGUUUAAAAAAAAAUGUGGGUAUACACAUACAUAUACUAUGCAACUGUAUAUGUACAUAUAUAUAAUAUGGUGAGGAUAAAUGAGAAAGAGUCGGAUUACAGUUCCUUUAAGAUGUUUUCCAAUUCUGAUGAUCUAUGUUCUGCUUUCUAAGAGAUCUUGCCUCUCUGGCAAACUAUGAUUCCAGUAUUUGUUAAGUACUUCCACUUCCUUAGAGAAAGGUCCUAUGGGAAUAAAUAUAAAACAACAAAAUCCUCCUCUAUUGCUUGUCUUUUUGAAGAGGACAUUAAAAGGAGAUAUCUCCCAUCAUUUGUUUUAUUUUAUUCUCUAUGAAACGACUGGUGAAAGCUUAUUUCUCCCUUUUCACUGGAGCAAAACAUCUCUUACUUUUUCUGUUAGUAUGGAAUCAAGUCAAUACUACCUCUAAGAAAGUAAAUCCUACCUCUAAAAAUGGCCAGGCAGGUCCCAGCUCAGAAAUAGUCUUGGAUCUUGCUGAAACAAAAGGGCUACAAGUACUUUAGAUCAACAGGUAAUAAGAACAAUGAUUGAUUUCCCAAACCACUUAUUUAAUCUAGGAGCCAUAUCACAAACGAAUCCCUUGGAAGACCAUUUUCUAGUCUUUUUCUGACUACUGACUUCACUGUGAAGUAAGGCCCAAAAGUAAAGCAAUAGUUGGGUUUACAUGGCUUGAUGAAUAUUUUAAAAUUCUGUUGUUAACCACAGCAGUGUGAUAUGUUGAUGUUGGCAGUUAUGAGUCUAUAAAUUCAUUUUUUAAAUUGCUGAGCUCUGAAAAACAAAUAAUCCCAGUUCAUGACCAUUGAUUACCUAUUCAUCGUACUUUUAAUUGUAGAUUUUUAAGGAACAAAAAUUUAUUGGAUGGGGAAUUUUCAAAUUAAAAUCUCUGAUUGCUUAUAAGGAUUAUGUAAUAGUUAUUUAUAGGAUAUCACUAUGCAAUAAUUAUGGAUGUUUUUAUGGGGAGGUUCUUUCUCAAUCUGCUUUAUUGGUUUUCUUUUAAACUCUUUUUUUGGUAAAUAUAGUUAAAUAAUUUUAAUGUUGAUAACAAUGGCUUAUAUUUGUAUAGAGUUUAAGGUUUAUAAAGUCCUUUCCUCAAAACCAUAAGAGCACAACUUUGUAGACUUGGGAGAACUGGGCUUCAGUUCUGGCGCUAAGUACUCCAUGUUGCCUGGAACAAGCACUUAACUUGUCUAAAUCCAUUUCUUCAUCUAUAAGAUGAGGGAAAUAGCAUACUCCCUCACCCAAAAGAUGGUUAUAACAAUAAUGGCUCAUAGUUCUUUGAAAAUUACAAAGCAUUCUCCUAGUAACUGUUGAGAAGUAAGCUGGUUUAGUGGAUAAAGAACUGAUUCUGGAAUUGGGAAGACCAGGAGUCAAAAAGUUUAGGGUCUUUUCCUAGGUGUCUCACUGUUCUUCAGUCUCUUCUGAUUUUUCUUCAUUCAUGAUAUAUUUAUUAAAUCUUAUGAAUUUUAAGGCUCUGAUUUCUUUUUACUUUAAACUAUUUCACUGAAAAGCUAGGUGGUGCAGUAGAUAGGAUAUCUUGGAGUCAAGAAAACCUAAAUUCAAAUCCUGCCUCAGAGACUUACUAGCUGUGUGGCCCUGGACAAAUCAUCUAACUUCUUUCAGCCUCAGUUUUCUUAUCUGGAAAGUGGGGUUAAUAAUAGCAACAACUUCACAGGGUUGUCAUGAAGGUCAAAUGAGGCAACAUAUGUUCAAUGCUUUGCAAACCUUAAAGCACUAUAUAAAUGCUAUCUAUUACAAUAAUAUGUAUUUAUUUAUAUGUUGUCUCAGCUCUAUUAGAAUAUACAAUCUAUUAGAAUAUACAAUCCUUGAAGGUACUGCUUUUCUUUUCUUUGUAUCCUCAACAAAAAUAUUUGUUUUACCAAUUGAUCAGAGUUUGCCUCCAUCCCUAACUAGCUGUAUAUCUAUGGGAAAGUCACCUAACAUGUCUAAGUCUCAGUAUCUUCCUUAAAAUAUUGAUACCUGUAGUACCUAACAGGCUUAUUGUGAGGUUCCAUCCCUUGAAGCUAACAUCUUUUAUUUCUCCUUACCUUCUUAGUCAAACUCACAGAAAAUCCCACUUCCAAGUUGUCUCCACUUUCAUUCAUUUCUCAACCCUUUGCAAUUUGACUUCUGCCCUUAUUACUCAACUAAAAUAGCCCCCCUUAAGGAUUGAACAAUCUCUGAAGUGCCAAAUCAGCAGUUUUUUUAAUCCUCAACUUUCUUGACCUCUAUGUAUCUUGGCAAUGUUGAUCCCCCCUUUCUCCAGAAUAUACUCCUCUCUCUUGGUUUUCCUUCUAACUGUCUGGUUGCUUUUCUGAAGUCCCCUUUGCUUUGCAAUCAUGCCUAUCCUAUCCCCUUACAGUGGAUGACUAUCAAGGCUGUGCCCUGAGCCUUUUUGCCCAAUAUUAUUAGUUUCCAUGGGUUCAACUAUCAUUUCUAUGCAGAUGACUCCCAGAUAUACAUAUCUGGCUUUCAGACUUCUUUAAACUUGUCUAUUAUCAUCACCUAUGUCCUGGACAUUUCCAAAUGAAUGCCAGUCAACUGGGCAUCAGAACUCAACAUGUCUAAAACAGAACUUGCCUUCCUCCUUUACAUCCUUUCCUAUUCUUAACUCUCCUAUUUCUAUAUUCUAUCAUUCUUCAAGUUCACUUAAGGACUGUUCACUUCUAUACUGUAUCCUCAGUGCCUAGCAGAGUGCCUGGCACAUAUUAAGUAUUUAAUAACAAUCAUUAUUGAAUAAUGUAUGUAUAAUGCUUUUCAAAUUGUAAGGUACUAUAUAAGUUUGUCAUAAUUGCUUUCUUUCUCUCAAUAACAUCUUGACUUUGUUAGGAAUCUAUAUAAAAAUAAAGGAAAAUUUUUUCAGAAGCUCACAAAAA